AGAACUGUAAGAUUGAGCAAGAUGUCCGCGAUACGGUACAGCAUAUUGGUGCUCCUGGUUGUUUGGUCAGUAUCAGCAUACCCGGCUUACACUAAAAAUGACCGGCAGUUAAAAAUGGACAUGCGGGCAGAAAUGAACAACAUCAACCGAAUAACAACCAUUACUCCCCUGGUUGAGAAGAAGGUCAACAAAAAUAACGCUGUCAAUUGUUCCACAACACACAGAACGCACAAAACGGAUCGCAACAAGUUCCAAGUCUACUACAACAAGGCAUGGUUCGACCAGGUUUGUCAGACUGGACUAAUGUGGAACCAAACCGCCUGCAGGUGCGAGUACUCUAAAGGUGAUGCCGCACCUUUAAGAUGUCCUGACUACAGAGACCAUGGUAAAAACAGCAGUAAAUAUGAACAGCUCGUCAACCGGAAGUGGGUAGUGCGAGACUGCAAUUUAGCUGUUUCCGGUCUGAUCUGGAAUCAGACGAUGUGCCGAUGUGUCUGGGGUCCCGAUUCAGAAGAAAAUCCAGUAGUUUAUAGUGUAAAAUCUCCAUGUGAUACGAUGUUCAAUGCCACGUUUGAGACUGGACUGGUAGACCACGCCAAAUCAUCAUUCAUCGAGCUAAACCCAGGAGCGAUCCUCUCCCUUAGACAGAUACAAGGCAAAACCAGUACCAGAGCAGCCUACUUCCAAGACGCUUACUUGACGGUGUGGUACUUCGCUGGGAAUGAAAUGAGCGACUCUCUGAACAUUGAGUUUAGCUUUAAGGCUGACGAGAAGCCAUCCACGAAAGACAACUACCAAAUCAUCAUGUCCAAUGGGUGUAACGUCACCGAGUUGGGGUACACCACACCUUCCAUUGCUAUCGGUUUCAGAGCUGCCGACCAAUCCUUCCUGUUGGCGUUUGAGACAACCAAUGUCCGCAAGGCUAUCGUCUGCACCAGAGACUUGCUGCCUUACCAGUGGCAUAAAGUGUCACUGAUCUACGAAGACGGAACUCUCCUGCUCCGAGUUGAUGGUCAACCUUGUAUUAUAUCCGAGGAAUUUAGAGGUCCAGUUCAGAAGACGUCCUGUCCUAUGACUAUCGGUGCUGAUCCGUUAGAGAAAGAAUCUCGCUAUGUUGGUUAUUUAGACGACAUGACUGUGUCUCGAUAUUGUAAACAGUUCGACGAAGCGGACGUCCACAUUCCAAAGAAGAAGGUGCCUAAAGUUCCUGAACGCUCGGAUCCUAUCGAGAACAAGAUCGACGUCUUCUCAGCUCUAGCCUAA